AUGUCUCUCCACGCCAUUCGAUCUUUGAGUAGAGCUUGGUCUGCUGAACUAUGCAGAUACGUUGCUAGUAUAUCAAGAUCUCAGUCUUCAGUGUCGAGUGUCCCCAGGAGGUUCGUGUCACAACAUUCUUCCAGGGGCACAGAAGUUGAAGAGGAGCCGAUAUUACCACCAAGUUCUCCUGUCAGGCGAAAACCAGCACAAAAGGUCAAGGCCGUUGAGGCGGGAGACACGUACAAGGCCGGGGAAGAAUAUUAUAGCUUUGGUCCGUACACCUUCUACGAAGUAGAAGAUAAACUAGUCAAACACAGGCAGCCACAGAUCAGUUCUAGUGAAAAGAUGAAAAUAUUUUGUAUGGACAAACUAGCCAUAGCCGACGAUGAAAAACCCCGCCGUCUGCUGCCGGAAGAAUAUGGCUACCUAGUAGAAUGGCCAAGAGAAGAGAAACCUAAACCCAAAUACAAGCCAAUGUAUUCCGUUAUGGAGAAUAAAUAUGGUCUAAACUAUGACCCAGACAAAGGCGGAGUGUGCCAAGACAGAAUCCCACUAUGA